CGGCGCUGGGGCGCGGGGCGCCUGGGGCAGCGCGCAGCGGUGCUGAGGCCGCGACCCGGAGAGACGAUGGCCAAAUGGCUGAACAAGUACUUCAGCCUGGGCAAUAGCAAGACCAAGAGCCCUCCGCAGCCCCCGCGGCCCGACUACCGGGAGAAGCGGAACGGUGCCGGCAGCGCGCCCCGCCCCGAGGGGCCGCCGCACCUCCACCUCCACCACCACCACACCUCGCCCGGCUUUUCGCGCCGCCGUCCGCGCGACGACACCAGCGACCUGCUCCGCGCCUACCGCGCCCAGAAGGACCGCGACUUCGAGGACCCCUACAGCGGGCCCGGCUCGUCCCUGCGCAAGCUGCGCGCCAUGUGCCGGCCGGACUACUCGGCGCCCGAGGACCUGGGCGAGGCAGCCCUCAAGGCUUCCUCCUCCUCCUCCUCCUCGUCGUGCUGCGCCACGCCUCCCACCACCGGCUCCCCGCACCUCUUCCGCAGCCACAGCGAGCGCCGCCCGGCGACGCCACCCGACGUGAAGUACAUCUCCCCCAAGCACCGGCUGAUCAAGGUGGAGAGCGGCGCUGGAGGCAGCGACGGCGCGGGCAAGAAGCUCGGCAAGGGCUCCAAGCAGCCGUCGGGUGCUGCCUCCUCUGCCAUGAAAGAUAAAGUGCUGAUAGCUGAUGACUACUCAGACCCGUUUGAUGCCAAAAGUGAGUUGAACAGAAUGGGAAAAGGGGAGAACACUGGCUAUAUGGAACCAUACGAAGCCCAGAGAAUAAUGGCUGAGUUUCAGCAGCAGGAAGGCAUAAAGUCCCACCAGAAAAACAUGCAGCUCUAUGACACACCCUAUGAACCAGAAGGCAGUGGUGUGGAAUCUGAUUCUGAAAGUGUGGUGAGUCGCCGUUUACGAGAAAGCAAAUUGCCACAGGAUGAUGACAGGCCUGCGGAUGAGUAUGAUCAGCCAUGGGAGUGGAACAAAGUCACCAUCCCAGCUUUGGCAGCCCAGUUUAAUGGAAGUGGGAAACGGCAAGCAUCUCCUUCCUCAAAUGACCACCACAGGCAAUUAAGAGCACCUGGAGGAGGAUUUAAACCUAUCAAACAUGGCAGUCCUGAAUUUUGUGGGAUCCUGGGAGAGAGAAUAGAUCCAACUAUUCAACUGGAAAAGCAGAUAUGGUACCAUGGAGCAAUCAGUCGGACAGAUGCAGAAAACCUGUUACGUUUAUGUAAGGAGUGUAGCUACCUUGUAAGAAAUAGUCAGACAAGCAAGCAUGACUAUUCUCUUUCACUGAAGAGCAGUCAAGGUUUUAUGCAUAUGAAGCUGACGAAAACCAAAGAGAAAUACAUCCUGGGUCAGAACAGCCCUCCCUUCGACAGUGUUCCUGAAGUCAUCCACUACUACACUACAAAGAAGCUGCCUAUCAAAGGAGCAGAACACUUGUCGUUGCUCUACCCUGUGGCUGUACGGACUCUCUAACAACCCAGUCUCACCCCUUCCUGUGGAUGGGAGGUGAGAGAUAAGCUGGGUUGCACAGAAUUCAUUGCCAGAAUUCAGAGCUUGAGUCUAUAAAGGAGAGAGGCAGCCUUUAGUCCUGUGAACGUGGGCUCUCUGCAGAAUUGUCUGUGGGAUUUUGUGUGUGAUACACUUGUGCUGCAGCGUGCCUCUCUAACUGUAUUGCUGUGUAAGAGAAAGAACACUUAUUUUAGUGCAAGGAGAGCAGUUAACCUUCCCAGACCUUCUGUGUGAAUGAAAGUGCUUCCCAACAGAAGUUCUUCCUUCGUAUCUUGAGAAGAAUCAACAAGUUCUUCUCAUCAGUAAAAAACCAAGAACUUUUACUCUCUUGCUACCCUGAGAAACUUCUCCAUGAGAAAGAGUAACCUUACUCUGAGGGACCCUAGGGUGUUCUUGAUGGACCUGAGAAGGAGCUGCUUAGCAGGCAAGUCUCUGGCUCUGGUCACAUAGCUUGAUGGGUUUGGGAUAUUUUUAAUGCAGUUUCUUGGGGUAGUCAAAUAUUGAACUUCUAUUAGAUACACAAUCUUAAAAUAAUUUUGUGAGAGUGAAUCAUGGUCAAUUACUUAUGAAUAGGGGAUGUAAUUAAACAGUAGUUUAUUAUAUAUUUUUACCCUUUUUGGUACAAUAAUCUCUUAAUGUUUACUGUCUUCAUUUGCAAGUUUCAUUUGUAGGUACAGGCAGCUAAUUCUGUUUGGGGCAGUUACACCAUAAUGUUUUAAGUAGUUAGGAUAAGUAAUUUUGAUAUGUGGGUUAGUAUUUAUGCAUGAGGGUGGUCAAAGGCUUUUAUAAAGCUUUAGUAGGCAAAAUCUGCACUUGCUCAUUCAUCUGGAUCUAACAGCUGUCCUACUGAUGUAGCAGGCUAACGUGUAUCAUCACACUGCCUUUCCACAAGAUGGCUUUGCAGCUGUGAGAACUGCAGUAUGUAGCAGAGCAGAAUUUGUUUUUCUGGUCUGCCAAGGCAUUCUUAAGGCACAGCCCCAUUGGUGCAUACCCUCUGGCCAGUGCUCUUUUUCACCAUGACCAGAAGCCUGCCUCCUGCUGUAUUUCAGUCACUGCCAGCCAGAAGCACUGUGGAAGCUGCUCUUUAUCUUAGCCAUGCAGCUCAGUGCCCAUCCACUUGAGACAUAUUUUCUACAUGCUCUGUGUGCUCAUUCAGUGAGAUAAGCGAAAAAUUAUAAUUGUAUACAAGCUGGAACUGGGGAAUCUAUAGCCUUAUAGUCCUCAUGUUGUGCCAUCUCCCACAUACGUCUAGAAUGUUAUGCAUUUACCCAUCAGCUGGUAUAGUAGCAAACUGGUGAUAUGCAGGUUAUGUAUUUUACAGACAGCAAUAGGACUGUGAAAUUGUGUGCUAUUUAAUUCAGCUUUCUUAGCUACUACUAUUUUUUUAUGUAUGCUUAGAAAGAAGUGCAAAUCUGAAAAUUGUAAUGAAUAAUCACUUAUUGCCUGUAAAAAUAGUGCUUCAUGGUAUUGUCUAAUCUGGUAAGAACCUCAAGGAUGACCCAUAUACUGUCACUGGUGCUAAAUAUUCUGUUUCCUUUUAAGCCUGCCUUAUUCUUUAUAUGGCAUCCAAUGGAGAUUGAACAGAAGUUGAUGAUACGUACAUGAAGAGCCCAGUGUCAUUCUGUGCAGCAAUGGUAGUGGGUCAAACUCACUAUCUCACCCAGAGUCGGAAGCUGCAUUCAAAUAGGUUUUCCAGUUUUCCGAGGAGGGUCGCACAAUGGAGGAUAAAGAGACAACAUUCUUCUCCAAGUGAAAACAAACAUCCCCUUUUCAUGUACGCACCUACCUGCUUUUUUUAUUUCCCUAAAGUCUAUACUCUCUUAACAUCACCCAACUGACAAGAGCAUACAGGCACUUUUAAGUUACUAUAUUGUUUCACCAGAGUAGGAGUUUAUGAAAGUGACAGAGUUUACACAGAUUAGGAAGCAGGCAACAUCUGCUCUGAGUCUUGGCCUUUGUGGGCUCAAGCAAAACUAUCAUGCCCUUUGGGACAGAAAUAUGUCAUACUUCUUUUGUGUGUUGAAUUUGGCAUGAUUGCUGUUCCAUGGUCUGGUUUUCUUCUUUAAAGGGAAAAAAAAAAAGUAUGUCCCUACUCUGUCUAACAGCAAUUACCAGCAGAAACCAAUAGCAUCAUUAACCAAGGCCUUGUCUGGCUUCCUUAAGCACUUUGUCUUUAAUUCAUGGGGAUAACUAUUGUACCAGACCUUUCUUGUCAUGGGUCUGAUCAAAAGUCAGAUGAAGCCAGCAAGUGCCGUUUUGUUGCUGUCUGCAGAAUUUGGGUUGGGAUCUGUUGCUUCAUACAAAUCACGUGAAUAUACGUCAUAUAAAUGAGUAUACCGCUUAUAACAACUUCAAGGAAUAGAUCAAGUUUCUUGGUUCAGCAAGAGGAAAUCAUCUCAGAACGUAUUGGUUGCCCAUGGGAAGGUUUUUUUAUUUUUCUAAAAGACUUUUAGAAAAUACUCAGUAAUUGCAGAAUAAAUAAAACCAGGAUUUUGUUUGCACUGUAA